CUUUGUAUAUAUUGCUGCUGGAAACAUGGAAGGAGGAUGGAGGAGGUGCAGCUGAACAUGGAAGAGGAGCAGCAGACCAACAAAGGAACGGAGUUUAGUCUUCUCCAGUGCAAAGGGACAUGGAAACGCCAAAAGGCCUCGCGCCACGGUCUUAAGGGACGUGUCUCAGCUUCAAAAAUCUGUGAAAGCACCUCCUCUCAUGGCACUUCCUGGACAGUGGUGAGUCCCAUCACCUUCACCUACACUGUAACCCAAACACAUGACCUCCUAAACCCAAACAACGACACCCUCCUGAUGGGCCACAUCCGAGACCCCGAGCGGCUGGAGGCCUUCCGCUCCAACACCAAGCCUAUAAAGCGAUUCGUGGUCAUGGACGAGACUGUCUACAACCUCUACGGUUCUCAGGUCACUGACUAUCUGGAGGCAAGAAACGUCUUGUACAGGAUCCUGCCCCUUCCCACCACGGAGGAGAACAAGUCCAUGGACACGGUGCUGAAGAUCCUGGAAGAGCUCCACAGGUUCGGCAUCGCCAGACGCACUGAACCCGUCAUCGCCAUCGGUGGAGGCGUGUGUUUGGACAUCGUGGGAUUGGCUGCUUCCCUCUACAGGAGACGAACCCCCUACAUCCGUGUUCCCACCACCCUCCUGUCCUACAUUGAUGCCAGCGUUGGUGCCAAGACCGGCGUGAACUUCGCAGAUUGCAAGAACAAGCUGGGGACCUACAUCGCUCCUGUUGCUGCGUUCCUGGACAGAGCUUUCAUCCAAAGCCUUCCCCGCCGGCACAUCUCCAACGGACUCGCAGAAAUGCUGAAGAUGGCACUCAUGAAGCACAAAGGCUUGUUUGAGCUUUUGGAGACCAAGGGAAGGUUUCUGCUGGACUCCAAGUUCCAGUCGACCACUGGACUGCGUGGGAAGGCUGAUCCAGCAUCAGUGUCCACAAGGCUCGCGAUAGAAACCAUGCUGGAGGAGCUGGCCCCAAACCUGUGGGAAGAUGAUCUUGAUAGACUGGUGGAUUUUGGGCAUUUGAUCAGUCCUGAGCUGGAAAUGAAAGUCCUGCCUUGCCUGCUGCACGGUGAGGCGGUGAAUAUCGACAUGGCUUAUAUGGUGUACGUGUCGUGUGAACGGGGUCUCCUGACGGAGGUGGAGAAGCUCAGGAUUAUAAACUGCAUGCUGAGAUUAGAGCUGCCUGUGUGGCAUCAGGACUUCACCUUCGCUCUGCUGCAGAAAGCUCUGUCUGAUCGGCUGCAGCACUCUGGAGGCCUGGUGCGCAUGCCUUUACCCACCGGCCUCGGGAGAGCAGAGAUAUUUAACGACACCUGUGACAACACUCUCUACAGCGCGUACGAGAAGUGGUGUGACGAGCUGAGCUCUGGGUCGAAGGAGUAGCUGCUCAAACUCGCAAACUCUGAAUCUAACUUUACUCUCAGCAAAAGUUCUCAUCAUUUAAAGGUGCUGUAAAAGUUUAGUUCUCUUUUGAUCUUUAUAAGAUCAUAAAUCUCAUAAAUGUCUUGUAAGCUUGAGAAACACAGCGACGUGUGUCACGGUGGCUCAUGCAGUUUACAUGAGAAAAAAAAAAGAUUUCACAGUAGUUUUGACACGUAGCACAAAUAACAAUGGAGGGCUUUGGAAGAAAAAGCCUAGUGCAUUGUUUUUUGUUGUUAGUUUUAUAUAAAAGCUGCGUUUUUAGAGUGAUCAUGUGAAAUAGCUGCUUACUAGCUUCCAUGCUGCAGCACCACUUGCUCGCUGUUGUGUAACACAGAUACCUGUGACGCAUUGCACAGGCAAACACUUUUGUACACCACUGUACAUCAUAUUAAAUUACAUCACAUUUAGAAGAAGCUUUUAUCUAAAGAAACUUACAAAUGAUGAGGUACAUUAGCUAUAGAGGAUAAAAUAAUUCAGGGUAAAAAUGAAAACAUUCAGCAGAGCCUGAAAAAGGCCAAUCAAUGAUCUUACAGUGUUCAAUUGGUCAAAAAUAGUCAGAGACUCUUUUUGAAAGUGUGAAACAUUAUUUUGAACUAUUUGCUGUUUUAUGUUUUUAACACUGUAUGAUUUUUUGUCUCUUAUACUGAAAAAAAAAAAACAGUAACAAGAACAAUGUGCACAGGUUAUGGGUUUCAAUAUAGAAUACUUUUAUUCUAAAAUGUAAUCCAAAGUAUUAAAUGCUGUAAACUUUUACAAAAAUGUUUUUGAAAUGUAAAUACUACUAGACAUACAGUAUAAAUAUACUAUUCUUGACUAAACUAAACAGAGACCUCUAAUAAAAAAAUAAUUGAAAUAAACAAAAAAAUAAUAAACUGAAAUACUAUAUCGGUUUCAUAUUUUCUAUGAAUGUCUUGUCUAUUAGACUUUACAAACAUACUUAUAACACAUUAUAAAACAUUCGUAAAGCAUUAUAAACAUGGUUAUACAUAUUUAUAAACACGUAUAACACAUUACAGCAUUAAGUUAUGUAAAUACUGAUGAAUUAUUUAAAAAAAGACCUAAUUUAGUUAAAAAAGACAAUAUAUUACAGUGCAUGCAAAUCAGAAAUUAAUCAUUCAGUGUUUUUACUACUUUAUACACACUAUAUAACUAAUCAUAAAAAACAAUUAGGGUAAAUCAACAAUUUUAACUCUGUGUUGUUCUCUUAAAGCAUUUUUAAGGCCUUUUUUGCUACAUUGUUAAUUGUAAUACAUUCAUAAGACAUUAUAAGCAUGGUCAUACAUAUUUUUAAACAUGUAUAACACAAUAUAGUUUAAACAUUAUGUUUAUUAUGCAUUAUGAAUUAUGUUUUUAAGCUGUGCUUAAAAUAUAUUGUUACACAUCUGGGGUAAAAUAUAUACAGUAUCUUUCACUAUUUACACUGUUAUUCUCCUAAUAAACAUCUGCCACUUUACUUAGUGUGUACAACGACACAUUAUAAUACAUUAUAAAUUAAUAUAAGCUAUUAUAGUAUUUAUUAUAAAUAAUUCAUAAUUUAUGAGUGGUUAAAGUUUUAAUUAUAUAAUGCAACCACCUAGCAACCACUUCGAAACAACAUAGCAACCAACACAUAGAUCCUAGCAACACCUUAGAAAACACCUAGCGACCACUUAGCAACACCUUAGCAACCACCGUGAACACCAUAGCAACAUUGCAUGCUUAGCUAAGCUCAUGAUGGCCACAAUUCAUAAUGCAUACUAAACAUGUCUAUAAUGUGUUAUACAUUUUUAUAAAUAUGUAUAACCAUGUUUAUAAUGCUUUAUGAAUGCAUUAUAACGUGUUAUAAAUAUGUGUGUAGAGUCUAGUAGACACAACAUUCAUAGAAAGUGUUACCAAUUAUACCCUAUGCUAAAAAAUGAGCAUGUGUACAAUGAUCUGUUUAUUGUCUAUAUCAGUUUUUGUAUUUUUCUGUUUCGUACAUAUUGCUCAUAUUCAUUUUAAGCAUGCAGAUUUUUAUUAAACUACAUUUUAAUAAAAAAUUAA